CACCAUCCAGGAGGGGGCAAAGAGGCUAGCUGACCAUGUCCUGACUCCCUCAACUAGUCCCAAGAGACCUGCUUCUCUAUACAACAAUGUCCUGACUCCAUCUUCCUAUGGCACUUCAAAAGAGGAACGGCCCUGUUCUGAACCAUACUUGGACAUCACCGACACCGUACUGCAGACAAAGUCUGCUCCUGUUUCCAUAAGCACAUUACAGGUGCAGGAAAUUCCACCCCAGGCUGGACACCCAUGCUCCACCCUACCUCCCCAGGAAGGCAGCCCCAUGGAGAUUAAGGCCUCUUGUUUGUACUCUACCAUCGAUGCCCAGGUCCUGUAUCCUGGCAAGUUGUCUGAGGCCAUGGGGAACACUUUUCUCUCUCAGCCUCUCACCCUCCAGCCAAACCCCCUACCUACUGCAGUGCUCCACCAGCCCUUUUCCUUUGAUGCCCCCAUGGGUAUAUCCUUCUUCCAGUGGCAGAUUGAGCAGGAGGAGAAGAAACUGGCAGGACUUGCUCCAGAGCUGCUUGUAGCAGGGGACAGUGAUGGAGACACCUUCCUGCACAUUGCUGUCGCACAGGGAAGGAGGGCUCUGUCCUAUGUGCUUGCCAGGAAGAUGGCCCUCAUCAGCAUGCUGGAUGUGAAGGAACACAAUGGUCAGAGUGCUCUGCAAGUGAGUGUGGCAGCAAAUCAACACCUGAUUGUACAGGACCUGCUGACCCUAGGAGCACAGAUCAACACGGCUGACUGUUGGGGUCGCUCCCCCCUGCACGUGUGUGCUGAAAAGGGCCACAUCCUGACCUUGCAGGCCAUUUACAGAACCUUGCAGGCCACUGGACAGCAGCUCAACAUGGAAACCGUCAACUAUGAUGGCCUGACAGCGCUGCAUACUGCUGUGCUAUCCCACAACACUGUGGUGCAGGAGCUUAGUGAUAUGUCCAGUCGCUCUCCCCUGACGCAGGAGCUGAUGCAGCGGAGAAAGAGGCUUGGGGAAUGUGUCUGCUUGCUCCUGCUCAUGGGUGCUUCUUAUAAAACCAAGGACCAUAAAAGCGGGCGCACACCCCUGUACAUGGCUGCAGAGGAAGCUAAUGUGGAGCUGAUGCGUCUCUUCCUGGAUCAGCCUGACCCACUAACCAUUAUCAACGAGAAGGCAUACAGUGGAAACACAGCUCUCCAUGUGGUCAGUUCUCUGGAGGGGAGGGUUGCCCAGGUGGACGCGGUCAGGCUGCUCAUGCGACGGGGCGCUGACCCUGGUUCCAAGAACCUGGAGAACGAGCAGCCCAUCCAGCUGGUACCAGAGGGUCCCGUGGGGGAUCAGGUACGACGCAUCUUGAAGGGAAAAGGAGCCCAAGCCAAGUCUUACUCUCUCUAGGCCCCACAUUCUGUCUGUUCAGAACCACUGUCAGUUAGGCAGUCCAGUCUAUGUAAUCAUUUGCUGGUAUGAGGCAGAUGUCGGUUGUUUCCGUGAAACAGUAUUAACAUUGUUCACUACAGUGUAGUCAGGAGUAGUUUGAAAUGAUUUAAUUUUGUUGAAAUCAAUUAAGUGUGUGAUCCCCUUUGA